AUGAAGUGGGCUUUUCUCCUUGUUCUUAUUGUAGUCAAUUCUUCCAACGGUGGAUUCAUCCCCUUCAAACGAAUCCGGCCCAGCGAAAGCCCUGAUGUCGGAAGGAAUGUGGUAAGUGAUCUCUCACUCUGUUGGUUUUUACAUUGCAUUGGACUAGAGUUUCGUUUGCGGAAUUAAUGGUGUAUGUGGGGCAAUUCCUUCGAGAUUAAACUGUACAUGUUGCUAACACUGGGUGCAUUGAAAUGUACUCUUUACGUCGAUGGGCCAACAAUUUUUUCACGCCGUUCCUGGAAGACACACGCAAUCUUUCCUUAUAAAUCUUUCAGUUUUUCUCUAAUAAAAUGAACGCAGCGGCGUUCCAUUGUAUCUUUCGGCAAAACACUGAUAGACACUGAAUGAGUAUAUAAUGAAAUAUCUGCUAGAAUUCAACAUUCUAUUGUGUAAGAAUCACAUGAUUUGUUGACACCGAUGCAUACUGUGAUGAGUGUGGCGCAACAUAUCAUACCGAAGAUUACGCAGCAUUUAACAUCACGUAUUGCAAUUCUUUUAACACUCCAUAGGCCGCACAGAAUCAGUUAAAAGAAGUCGAUUUACAGACAAGGAUUUUUGUUGUUUUUAUUCCCACCUUUUCGGUUACGUAACUAUAUUAAAGAGGGAGUUGAAGUGGUUAUCCUGCUGAAUGGCUGCGUGACUAAGAGAACUGAGGCGCGCGUACCUGAACCUCCCUCAUCCCCGCCCCCUUCAAUCCUUUUGAUCUUGAAUACGUCCGUACUCCGUACCCGCCACAUGGAUCCGAAAACAAAAGACUUGUCAGGCAGUAGCUCAAGGCGAGAAUGCUGAUAAGACAUUUUAUUCUGAUUUUUAUAUCACUGAGCUUCUUUGGUGAAUGGCUUCUCUCUUGCUCUUCAAAUUGCCAUGGCUAAAAACUGUAUUAUAAUGCGUGCAUGAACUAAACAGCUUGUGAAUUAAUUCAAGCUCUUGUUUUUACAAUUGCUUCAUACCCGCGGCAAAGUAAACAAAUAGAAGGUAAGGUCGGAUUUGCAGCUUGAACUGUGGUCGGAAAUAACAUCCAAGAUUAGUCACAUCCGUGGCGUUUACUCAUAGUAUUGGCUACUUGCCCUUUUGUCUGGUUUUUUUUUUUGUCAGAGAAUUAUUCCUUGAUCAUCUCCAUUCUCUUCACCCUGCGAACAGAGCCUCCUUCUGUCUUCCUUUUGAUCGCGGACCAGAAAAGGCCUUUUGUUGAAAUGAUGCUAUUUCAGCCCCAUUUAUUCAAAACCCAGAUCAUAUUUUCCUUUCCUUAGCUGCGUGAAAAAUAUCUCUGACUUUGAUGAUGUCUUAGGUAACGACAAAACCCUACUGAGUCACCGUGUCACUUACAUUCCUGUUUACAGUAGGACUACGCCCAAUCGAACGACUGGUCAAGAAAUUUUUCAUUCUUUUUCAAUAGAGUUGUAAGGAAACAACACAUCUUUUUUAAGACUACAAGAAGUCUUUUAUUUCUCUUUUCAGAGUCACUGGACUAAAACUUGGCGUACUAAACUCUCGAAAAUUUUGAAUGCAACCAAAGGUUAAUAGCAAGGUCACUUUUACAUUCCAAUUUAGGACUACGUUUUGAGAGUCCAUCAUUCACGCUGGUACAAAGCAAACGAAAUCAGAUCUCUACCUUUCCCUAGGCCUUAUUAGAUUCCAACCUUGACGUAAAUGGUAUUGUAAAAAAAUAGUAAGCACCUCAAAAACUAGCCUGAGAAGACAGCCGACAUUUCGAGAUGCCACCACUGGUUCAACCAGUUAAUAAAUGGAUUUAUUACCUUCAACCUCGUUCCCAGGGUUCUCUCCUACCCGCCCCCAUGGAGCGAGAGAGAGAGAGACCCUGGAAAACGCUGGUCACGUGGCUCCAGAACAAAAUUAUUUCUGAGGGAGGAGUCCUUUGUCUCACAUUUUUUUUGUCUGGUUUAUUCGUGACGUUCACGCAGUGAUCGCAACAGCAAGAUAAAUUUGCUAACCCUACUACAACUAUAACUGAAACUAAAGGAACCACCAGAUAAACAAGUGGAUUACCAGAGAAGGAAUCAAAACUAGCAAUGUCGCCGAUUUAACCGACGACACCAAUCGCUAAAAGUCUACGAUCUUGAGUUAUACACAAGCGAGUUAAUUUUUUGAAGGUAAAAUCCCUGUAUGUUGAACUUCUAUAUCAAAAGUUUCAAUGUUUGUCUAACAGCGGCUGGUAAUCGGGCCAAAUAAACCUGCACCAUUUGCGGUCUUAGCGGUUGGCGGGCGGGACAAAACAUGGCAGUUACAUUGAGAGCAAGAAAUUCGGUUAAUACAUUUACGAUCAAAGUAAUAUUUUAGAUCUAGUGACUUCACGGAAAGCUAUAGCCUAAAAUGUCAGCAUUUUCCUCUCCCUAACCUUUGUCAUGAUGCGGCAAAAGAAAAGUGGUAAAUAGGUCAAAGAUGAAAAUAAUUAUUUAUUAUAUACAUACUGAGAAAUACUCACCAAAAAACUAUGUCGUAAAUUUUCGUACGCAAAUUAGUUCUAGCCAAUCAGAGGAGCGAACGAUGGUUUUCACACGUGAAAAAAGUGAUACGUCCAAUCAGAAUCGCGAACGAUGUUUUUUCACGUGUGAGAAAAAUGAUACGUCCAAUCAGAAGCUACAGAGGUGUGUGAGUUUCGCGCCAAAAUUCCCGCCUUUUAUUGCAGCUUGCAGCGCCGCUUCGCACACAUUCAACGAGAAAAGUUUUACUCAAAGAGUUUUUCUCGCUAAAAAAGUGAAAAACAUUUCAGAAAUGGAGUGGAAUAGUUUCGUUUGUUUCACUGUCGAUAAAGAAAACGGUAGAGAACCGGCGAAACAACAGCGGAAAGGGAAAAACAGAACGAGAAGUAAGCUUUUGUUGUGCUUUUUGUCGGAGCUAUUUUGCCUUUCGUUUAAGCUUAUUAAUCUUAUAUUGAGACCGGCCAUUUUACUUAAAUUCACUCAUUUUCAAUUGUGCAUUGAGAACAAACAGUUAAGACUACUUAUAGUUCUUGGAUUACCUCAUAUCCUAACCGUCAUUUAUGUUUUUAACAAACGUUUUUACUAAAAAGCUGAUACUUCGUUUUCGUUGUCAUUUUGCGGUAAAUGUGUAGCGGCAAAUUUUAGCAUUUUUGAAAGAUUUAAAAUAAAAAGGCCGCCAAAAUGAUGAAUGUCUCAAUAUGUAUAUAAUAAACACAAUACCACAUGGAAAGUGCUUUGUACGGUAUUUACGCACUCGUUGUUUUUGUAUCAGAAAUCUUACUCGUUCGCUGCGCUCACUCGUUCGAUUUCUGAUACGUCAACAACUCGUGCGUAAAUACCGUACGCCAGCACUUUCCAUGAAGUAUUCUCUAUAUACCAACGCGACACUAGUAAGACAACAGGAAAUAGUAUAAACAGAGACAAAACAGACAACAUAACCUUCCAAGCGAAAGGCUUUCUUGUUUAUGGCCAAUAUGAAAACUUUAUUUAACAACACAUGUGGCUCAGUGAUUUCUAUCCCCUAAAGCAUACCUAAACAUCCAGAAAAUUAAGGAACAAUAAAAGGUUGGCAGUUGUGCAAGCCAUAUCAUACAGUAUUUUUUAACGAAGAAGCUUACGGCUAUCCUGAUAAUUAUAGACGACGACAAAAAAUGCAAAAAACACAGAGCCUUGGCUAAAAAUAUUUUCUUUCAAGAUUCUCUUUACCUCUUUCCAUUUGAACAAUAGCUAACAAUCAGCCUGACUGUCCGAGCCGCGUAUUCUCUCUUCCUGUUGCUUCGAGGCAGUUCGAGGUCCAACCCAUGGGGGCGGGUAGGAGAAAACCCUGGGAACGAGGUUGUUCGAGGUCGCGGGUGAGGACGGCAACGCUUGAUACAUUUUUCGGCGCCUUGCAUAAUAGUAGUCUUGAAAACACAUACAGAUACUGUACAUUUGUUUUCUAAAGUGGCCUCCACAACAUAUAAACGGCAAUUCAAAUCUGGUGCGUUUCGGUAUGAAUACUACUACCAGGAUACCUAAAUUAUUUCUGACUGCACAAACGGUGAAUCCUCCGCGAUUUCCGUUGCACGUGCUAAAUGAAAGCAUCGCUGAUAAACAUCCGAUUAACAUCCAGAUACUCUGCAGGAAGUUACGCUUUCGCUAUCAAAGGACUUUGUGCAUUAUUUUCCGCGUUCAAGAUCGGGUCAGGUACACAGUUUGAUAGCUGCACUGACCUGUCUACGCUCUGUAGAGACAAAUCUCACACUUACCUGCCCCUCCCCCAAAUCGUUUGUUUGUUAUCUCCCAGAUUCUGUGAGACACGUGACCAGCGUUUUCCAGGGUCUCUCUCUCUCUCUCUCCAUGGGGGCGGGUAGGAGAGAACCCCUGGGAACGAGGUUGCCACUGGUUUCGCCGCAAAAUGACGUCAGAGAAACGAGUACAGAAAUUCCAUACUGAUAACGUGUGGAUACUGAUAAUGUUUCUGAUUGGUUGAAAAUACGUUUCAUCCAGUCAAAAGCACACCUUGGCUCCAAAGGUCCGUUCUAAACCGUGCUUUCAGUAGGGUUGAUGAAGCUCCCGAGACGAACGUCUUGUCACACAAGCAAGCAACCUCAUUUCCAUGCGAGAAAUCAGUUCAGAAUUCUGAACUGGGUCGCCCAUUUGUUGCUCCCACGUCCGAAGGGAGUGUACGAUAUAACAGUGAACUUGCUUACCGUUAUCGAAGAACUUCACCGCAUGAGAUUGAAAAGCGGUUUCGAUGUUUAUAACAAACGGAGAACGAUCAAGAAUUAGAUCAGAAAAAAAUUGCCUCUUGAACCCUGUCCAGUUAUUAUCCCAGCCAGCGAGAUUGCAAAUAACGACGCAUGGAGCGAUUUUGCUGAGAAAAACAAGAGGCUCGCGGUCUACCGGCAGAUCUGGGUAGCUGGGUAGCCACAUGAGAUCAGUAUGGAAUUUCUGCUCUCGUUCCUCAGACAUUUCGAAUUCUUUGCCUCAUCUGAAGCACAACACCUUUUUCCCGACGCGUCAGAUUCCGGCUCUCAUAAUGAGUUUGUCUUUUUCACUAGACUCAGAUAAUCGCUAGCAGAGGAUAUGAUUGUGAAGAACACCAGGUAACAACAUCAGAUGGCUUCAUUCUUGCCAUGCAGCGGAUUCCACGCGGACGAGGAGAAAAGAAGAAUUCUGUGGCAAAAGAAGUCGUCUUUCUGCAGCAUGGAAUUCUUGCAGACUCUACAAACUGGGUGAUGGACUCGCCAACAGAGAGCCUUGCAUACAUACUUGCAGAUAAAGGUUUUGAUGUAUGGCUUGGAAACAUCCGGGGAAAUGACUAUUCAAGACGUCACGUGAAAUAUAAACCCAGCCAAUCAGUUUUCUGGAAUUGGAGGUGAGCUCGUUUUGUUCAGCUAGGUUAGAGCGCCUAUCCAGGGACAAAUUAGGCUCGAACCACACGUCGAGAACUCAGACACAGUUAGAAAAGAUCCUCACGGAUAACUAAGAGAAAGCGCGAUUAAUUUCAAAAGUGCUUAUGAGUACAUGUAUUAUUCAUUAGUAAAAUCCUGGUCUAUUAUCAAUGCUGCGUUCUGAUUGGUUGAACUACUAAUGGGCUAUAUGUUAUAGCCCACUAGUAGCGAAAAGCGCCGGCUUGGAAAACCAAAAUCGCGUUUUGCUAGCUAAGGUUGUUUUGUCUCGAUAUUUUUGACCAACUAGUUGGAUUUUACGAAAACAAUUAUUCCUCGAGCCCUCAUGGCCUCUGAGUCAAUAGCCCAUUCGGACUCGAGGAAUAAUUGUUAAUUAUUUGAGUGACGCAAUAGGUUUGAACCCCGCAUCGAGAACUCAGACACAGUUAUAAAAGACCCUCAAAUGCAAAGAUAAAGAGAGAGCGAGAUUCAUUUCAAAGUACGUAUGACCGGCUAUAGCAACGGUAUAAAUUGUGGUGGUACUUGUAUUCAAGUCCAGCUGAAAAGUGACCCUUUAAGGUAAUUACCUAGUUUUGCACUGUGUAUCACCUAGUGUGUAUACCAUUGCAACUUCAGAGGGAGCCGUGAUUUCACCGGUCGCCUAAAAAGAGGAAAUUAUGGCCCCUUUCGUAGUCCAAAUGCUUUUAAUAGUGAUUUUGAUAAUUCUACCCAGCUAAAAAGGUGUUUUUCUUGAAACUCAUUCCAGUUCCCUCUCACAAAAUGAUCAUUUGAAGUUUGCAAUGAAGCGAGUACGGUGAACCCCCCCUUCUUUAUUUGUGUUUUGUAUUCGUUAUGGCUACACAAAAAAUAUAUGUUAAGGAGAAAAAAAUCUGGAUAGUAGGAGUUGUAUUUUUUUAGACAUUCAUAUCUAAAAAAAUAUAACUUCUACUAUCCAGAUUAAGAGCCAGUAUUAAGAGCCAUAGAGAAGAAGAAGAUAAUGUCAAGAAAGUACAUAUCUCUACAUCUACAUCUCUAAAGCCCAGACAAACAAGCCUGCUUAAGGUUUUAGUUUUUUUCCAUAUAAUAACAAAUUUUUGACGAUUGUUUCAGUUUCGAACAUUUCGCUCUUAACUAGGAAAAAGCACUCAGAAUUACGGGCACACAGGGCGAAAACAAGCACGGUGACCCCAUCUUUUUAUUGCAGUUUUUGAAUGUACUAUAUAUGGCUGGCAUUUGUGCCAAGUUUAAAAAAAAUCUGGUAGAUCAUCAUUUUCAAGGGAAUUACCUUAAACAAUGUCAAAAACUGAAUCGUUUGAACUUUUUAAUAUCGGAAGUUUUAACUUGACAAGUGAUGCAUUUUUUGACAUAACGUUUGCCUAGCGGUACCGUUCCUGCCCUUAGUUCACGUUUGGUAAUAUCAAAUUUCUACAACAGCUAUGCUAUGCAAAUGUCUAAAAUGGCUAUUCUAACUUUUUACCUUUUUAGAUUGCUUCUGUCCUUGCACUUAUAAUGUUCACAUAUUUUUAUGCCCUUUUUUUUCUUCAGCUGGCAAGAAAUGGCUGAUUACGAUCUGCCAGCCAUGAUAAACUACGUCCUGAACGUCACUGGACAAGAGCAGUUGUUUUACGUGGGCCAUUCACAAGGAACACUGAUCGCGUUUACUGGAUUUUCUGACGACCCCGCUCUAGGAAACAAAAUCAAGGCCUUCAUCGCUUUAGCUCCUGUGUACACUUUAAAUAAUGCUACAGAGAUCGCAAAGAAAGGAGCUGACAUUUUGUAUCCACUUGUCAAGGUAAACUAUGGCUAAAUAGCACAAACUCGUUUUCAGCCCGGCCGAGUGUUCAACACUGAAGGCUCUCAUUCAGGAGUUUCUUUGUUAGGACCAGUAGCUGAAUUUUUUUUAUCGGUAGUCCCGAGUACAGCUUCCGGUUCGACGGACAUCAGCUAGAAAUUGUGUUCUAUUUUUAAACAAUUUCCAGUCUAAUCUAACCUCUACAACGUUUCUUCAUUAAUAAAUAAGUAGUAUCUUUAUAGCUGGCAAGUCUAUCGUCGGCUCAGUCUUUCUGAAUGUCUGUAUCCGUCCUGCAAAAAGUCUCUCUUGGUAUAAAUGCAAAGCAUUAGCCGUACGUACCACCACAGCCAUCAUCCCUGUAAUAUACUCUUUAUUAAAUGUUGAACCACUACACAACGACAACGGCCACUUAACUGCCCGCUUACUCCCAAAAUAACCUCUCAACAGCGGGUUUUAAGAAGUUUUAAGAAGCGAGCGACCAAAAAAAAAACUGAUGAACUACUCACUGUAUGUUACUCGCUUUUGUCCCCAGGGUGGCUUUUGUGAAGAGAUGUUGUUGGGGACAUACGAUAAAACGUUCUUUUUUCACUUCUGUUUUUCAGAAACUUUUCCCUGGUCUUACCUUUGACUUACUCCCUGGUGAUUUUUUGAGAUCACUUAUCAAGCUAGGCUUCUGUGCAAACCCCAUCUCAGAGAGAGUUUGUUACGACUUCAUGGAGUUAGUGAUCGGCAUGGACAGCAAGAAUAUUGAUGAGGUUUGUUGCGAGACGAUAGUUCCACCUCCCUACAAAAAGAAGCUAUAAAAUAUGGAUGUAUUGGGGAUAAGUCAUUCCCUUAGUGCGAAUUUCAUGUGACUUCCUUUUUGUGUGUAUAAAAAUGCAUGAUGAUCUGAGUGAGCUUGAAUAAUAGCUGAACUGCAACGGAUACACUGUUAAAACGAUUGUCCCGCUUCGUCAAAAUCUCAUUAGAAAAAAAACAGAAAUGGAUAUUCCAGUGGUUCAUUGUCCCCUGUUUCCUUCUCGGAUACGAUCUUUUCAGGUGCAUUUUCUCCAGUCAACUCUUAUUUCGAUUUACUUGUUAUUAUUUUUUUAAAACAUGGUCUUAUUAUCGGCUCCUGUGAUAGCUGAUUAUUAUUUGAACUUAAUUCUAGUCAAGAGUGCCUGUCUACUUAGCGCAUUUUGCGGAAGGAACAUCUUUUAAAGACGUGGUGCAUUUUGGUCAGGUAUGUUUAUUAUUAACCAAGGAGGACAACUGACAGUUGAACUCGUAAUGUGAGUUUACUGUGUUAAUUGCUGGAACCCCUUAUGCAUAAUAUGAAAAGUUUGAAUUCACGAUGCUAUAAAUGGAAAAUACUGCUGAGCAUCUUUUAGUUUGUUUAAUUAUGUCCAUAAGUAGAAAUCAAUUGUCAGUUUUGCAAGUUACCAGCACGCUUUCGUUAGCUCACUGGCAAAUGUCUUGAUAACCUGUGCUCAGCCGCCCCCUCCACCCAUAGGCUACUGUCGUGAUUACUUGUUAUUGUUUUUGUUGUUGUUGUUUUGACAUUUUCGUUUCUAUAAACAGGUAAUAGUCAACAAGAAGUGUCAAAAAUUUGAUUAUGGGACAGCAGGAAAUAAACAGCAUUACCAUCAGGUCAGU